CAUGUAACUCGCUGCGCCGUGACGCAGAGAGGGGAAGGGACAGUUGGUUUCUCUUUCUUGAAGUUUGCUCAGGUUGUGGCUCUGGAUUUCUGCUCUCAUGUUUCCUGUUAGAGCAGCAGAGGGCUCAGCACAGGGAGGGGUGGCCAUGCCCUCUCCGGCUCUCUGGGUCCUGGUCCCAGACCCCACCCCAUAGAACUGCCGUUCUGCCCCCUCCAGGGCGAUGGCUCCUUGGGUAAAACCUAUUUUGGCAUCCUUCUGGCUCCUGUCUCUCUGCUCUGUCGCCUUGGCUGGGGUUCACCGUGUCUCCUAUCUCCAGCUCAUCUCCCCGCAGGCAGUCCCCGGUCUGCCCAAGCGGCUGAGUGUGAUGAAGGUGAACGACCUAUUGGGCUUAGCCUAUGACAGCAACACCCGCAGGCUGGCUCCCCACAGCGAGUACAUCCCGGGUGACCAGGAGACUGCUCAGUACUGGAGUGCAGGCAGUGCUGAAUGCAUGGACUGGGACUCCUGGGUAGAGACCAAGUACCAGGCCCUGGUGCAGGAGGUGAACACCAGCUCCCCACAGAGAGAGCCCUACUACAUGCAGAUCCUGAAGACCUGUGAGCUGGACGAUGCCACUGGUGCUGUCCGAGCCAUCACCAGAUAUUCCCUCAAUGGGGAGGACAUGCUGCGGUACCAGUCUGACCAGAACCGCUGGUUUUCGGAGAACCUGGCAGCCUGGCGAGUGGCAGAGCGCUGGAACCGUGAAGGGGAGACUUUUGCUGUGUGGAACCUCUUCCUGCCCGAGAAAUGCAGGUUCUUGAUCAAACUCACUCUGCCUUUCAUCGCUCAGAAGACAGCCCAGCCCACAGCGCGUGUGGCCCUCGUCCCAGGGACCCUGGACCGGCCGCGCCGCCUCAUCUGCCACGUGACAGGGUUCUAUCCCCGCGACAUCGAGGUGAUCUGGGAGCGGGGGGGCCAGGUGGCCCAGGGGGAGCAGCUGACCAGUGGCAUCCUGCCCAACGGAGACCUAACCUUCCAGAUCCAGGUGUCCAUUGAGCUGGGACAAGAGGCGGUUGGCCCUGCAGAGCACGUGUGUGUGGUGAGACACAGCAGCCUGGGGCGUGACUCGCUGAGGAUGACCUGGGAUUCCCAGGUCACAGGCCAGGCUGGUGUGCUGGCGAUCAUUGCUGGCUGCAUCCUCGCUAUGCUGGGAGUCGGGGCCCUGGGCUGGUACCUGAGGAGGAGGCCAGGGGCCCAGAAGGGGCCGUAUCACCCGGCACAGACACAGCCAGGGACUCUCUACUCUGCUCCAGCCACAGCUAAACCAGCAGGAAACUCCUCGUCCACAGCAUCUUCUUGCUCAGAUGCCACCGAGUGACCAGACUCAGAGCCGGCUGUGCCAGGGCCAUCAGAUUUGGCUGGAGCUACAUGGAGCAUCCCUGGAGAAGGGGAUGUGCUGGGGGAUCAAAUAUUGCUCAUUUAAUGGAUCAAAUACUUCUACUGCUCGCUUCUGUUCAAAUGCUUAAUCAUGUUCCCACAGCAUCUCUCUGUGAGUUUGCUUUCUGAGCGACACACCAGUCCCAGGCAUCUUGGCUCCCCUGCCGAUUCCACCAAGCUGCCUUCAGUUUCACUGCUGCUCCACGUUGGCAGGCUCACACAUUUUAAAAGUUUCCUUCUUCAUCCCCCAUAAAGCCUUUGAGUAAUUUGUAACCAUUUCUGACCAAACCCCACUGACUGCAGACUGGUGAAAUUUUACACUUGGCAUGUCAAUCAACUAAAUAUUGUGAAACAAUAUUUUCAGUAGAUGUAACCCUAAGAUACUUGUUGGAUUUGUUUUUAAUCGAGGGCAUUUCAAUCUUUUAUUCAAUUGCUUAGUUUUAAUACAAUUAUUCUUUUUCCAUUUGCCUAUCACUACCAUAUAGGUUUUUACUUGCUAAUGAUAUUUACUUGACACCACGGCUAAACAGAACUUUUGGUUAAAAGUGUUUAAAGGUGAAGCUCCAUUUCUUAUAUUCACUGAUGUGUCUUGGUGCCGGGUUGGUUUUUGCAUCCAAAGCACACAGCCCUGUGAAAAAGAAAACACAAGCCAUUGUGGCUCCUUGUUGGAGUUUCUUUGGGUUUUCAAUUAAAUAGCAUGCCUUGUAUACAGUUGUUUUGUCCAUUGCGGUAAACACUCCAUGUUUCAUGGGAAUGCACGUACCUUCCAUAAAGCAACCCUUAAAAAUCAUGUUAGCUGAUGUAGGGUCUGAAUGAGCUCUCCCCUGACAUCUAGUGGCGAGCUGGGGAAGAAGACUUCAGGAGCCAACCUUGUUUGCAUUAACACACCCACGCUGCCUACGUGCUCAGCACGAGGGAGCUGCUUUGCCCAAAUGAUGACUUUCGGCUGGUGUUGGAUCACAAGUCAUUUUGUUAUUGGGGGAGGAGUACUAAAGGUUGUUUUCUUUGUUGUGUGAACCAAGGGCAGCAGAACUGUGCAUGGCAUACCCUGUGUGACACUCUGUACCUCAAAGUAGCACACUGGAACCCCCAUAUUCACCACUGUCAUAUAAUUAUGAUAUGUGUCAUACAGAGUAUGCCUUGUGAGGUAUCAUUUCAAAAGUCUUGAUCUGUUGAACAUUAAUAUCCUGUUGGAUUGUGUGUGCUGUCAUUGUAUGUGGAGUUAUGAAGCAUUGCUCUAUCUGUCACUGAAAUAUGUUGUGAGGUUGAGAACACCCACAGCCAGCCUUUCAGUUACAACAAAGGAGUAGCCAUCACCGACCAGAUGGGCUUUAAUGGCUCAUCAACACCCAGUUCACUCUCCCAGAGUCUUCUCAGAGAAGGCAUGUAUGCCAUGGGGGUGGACUAACCCAAGUCACAGAAAAGAUCUUUCCAGCAAGCUGGAAGAAAGUAUAAAAGAGGGAGAAUGCCGUCAUCACUUGGCCUCCUUCUCCCUCCACCCCAAUGUCAGCACUUGGAAGCACGUCUGGAAGACAAAGACUUUGAACUGGGGAAGUUUGGUCCCAGGCUGGAAGGUUGUCCUAACCUGUGUAUUGAGGGAAUGUAACCUGCUUGUACCAUCUGUUAGGGUGCUUGGUUCAAAUCUUGCUUAGUCUCUUCAAAUUAAAAUUAGACUGCACAUUUAUUUUUGUUCCUUAGGUAACCAACUUUGAUCUUGAUGCUUGCUACUUAUAAUUACUAAAAGUCUAUCUGUAGUUAAUAAAUUUGUUUUAUAUUUUA